AUGUGGGCUGCCGGCCUUCUUCUCUUCAUCGGGGUGGCGUGUCGCCUCACGCUCGGUGCGCAGGUCCCGAGCGAGGAGGCCGACCCGCUGCUUGCGGACGGCCCCCGCGAUACUCCCGCCGAGGGUCUCGAUGGGUGGCGAGCUGCGUCGCCCCUGCGCGAGCUGGAGCUCGACGGCGCAGACCCCCUAACCGCCCAGGCGCUGCCGGUUGCGGCGUACAGUUCGUUCGGCGCGGGGGAGCAGCAGCGCGUCUCUGGAGAAGAGACGGAGGCCGAAGCCACGCGGCGGAGCGGGCCCUGGUCGUCGCGCACAUGGAGGGGGAUGUCCCGGAGACGGCGGCGGCGAGCCGAGGCCGGAGGCGCAGGCGAGACGGGGAGUGCGACAGAAGCCGAGAGAGACAGCGGGGCGUGGACGAAUGCGUUGUCUGCCGGCGGCGCGGAGAGCCAGGCGGAGCGUGUGUUCACCAGUGACCGCGAAUCUGAGGCGAGACCCCCGCUCUUCACCGAAGUGAUUCCGCAGCCGUUGCGGCAUCUGCCGUCCUCCCCCAGCCCCUGGCAGAGGACGCCCUCAGCUGGCGCGGACGCGGCGGAGCGAGCGCCGGCGGAGCCGGCCGUUGGAGGCAAGCCGGACUCGGAGUCGUGGCGGAAGAAUAAGGCGUCGAUGGGGCGCUGGCGCAAAAGUCUGACGCGCGCGCGCUCGUUGGUGUUACUGGCGCAGAUGUGCGCGCAUCUGGCACUGGCAUUCGCGAGUGUGUCUCUGGUUGUCUUCAGCAUCUCUCGAGCCGUCGCAGUGAACUCGGAGCUGGCCGAGCUGGAGACCAACUACCUGGGCGACAUAUUGCUGUCCAUGCCUGGUCAGGACAACGCGUCGCGUCUGCUGUUUUGGCUGUCGUAUCUGCAGAACUCGCCGGGGAGCGGCAUCAUCAAAAUCGAGCGGGCGACUAGCACCCUCCUUACUUUUCUGCAGUCCUACAUGCUGCCUCUGCUGAGCGCGCAGCACUACCGGCUGCAGCGAAAAGUGUGUGUGAUUGUCGCGUCCUGUUCGGCCUUCAUGUUUGCGACCUCCGCCAUCCUCAUUCGCCCGCUCGUCCCCAAGAAGCUGCAGCACAGGUACAAGCACAUCUGCAUGUCCCUGGGCCUUCUCUGGAGUCUCCUGCCGCUCCUCCUCGUCGCCGCUGACCACGCCCGCGGCCACUUCCGUCACAAAAACGCCGCGCAGCUGAAGCGGCUAGCCAAACUCGCCGAAAAGCACAUAAUGAUGCGAGGCAUCACUCUCCUUGGCUCGCUCAGAGAACGCACAAACUUCAAACACAUCGUCGGCUUCGUCGUCGCCGACGCUUCCCUCACGGUCUCCUUCCUCUCCGCCGUCAGCCGCAUCGCGUACUCGCGCGACAACGCCGACGGCGGAGGGGAGGUGGGCGGCCACGAGAAAAGCGCGGAGAAAACCGCCUAA